UUCUUCUUCGUUUUGGGUAAUGGCGAUUCUUCGAUUUUGAUCGUUCGUCUCCUCUCCUGCUGUUGAUUCAACGUCGAUCGUGGUUGAGUUCUUCGAUUGAGUUCGGCUCUGGUCUUCGUUGCCCUGUUUUGUCGCGAAGCCGAGUUUUCUUCAGCUUCCUGCGCCAUCCUGCAUUGCAAUGUUGGUCCAAGUCAACUGCCUUCGCACGCAGUAAGUUGAUAAUCGGAAGGAAUUUCUGAUUCGUGCUUCCGAUUUCUUCGUGUUCAUCGAGCUAGUUGCUUCGGAUUUUUGCGGUAAUCAGUGGAUUGGAUGGGAAUCCUGCUUGCCUCCGCUUAUCGGAGUCGACUUCAUUGAAUUGCCGGAGUUAAUAAGCGAACAUAGGAUUUCCUCGACCGUCAGUCGUUCGAGGUCGAUCGGUAACUCGAUGAAAAUGAAUCCGCUGCAUCCAGUGAAGGAAGAGUUCCCAGGUUCGUCGAGCUCAUCGGCCGGAGAGGCGCCGGCGAUUAAUCCGCCGGAGCCGAUGGAAGGCCUGCACGACAUCGGACCUCCGCCUUUUCUGACGAAGACCCAUGACAUUGUGGAUGAUCCGGCGACUGAUCACGUUGUCUCCUGGCACGCCGGCGGCGGCAGCUUCGUCGUGUGGGACCCUCAUGCCUUCUCGACGCACCUCCUUCCCAGAUACUUCAAGCACAACAACUUCUCUAGCUUCGUCAGGCAACUCAACACUUACGGCUUCAGGAAGGUAGAUCCAGAUAGGUGGGAGUUCGCCAAUGAAGGAUUUCUAAGAGGGCAAAAGCAUCUGCUCAAGAGCAUCAAGAGAAGGAAGACCCCUUCCAGUUUAAUUCCUCAGCAGCAAGCUGUUGGUCCUUGCGUUGAAGUUGGAUACUUCGGGCCAGAUGGGGAAGUUGAUUGCCUGAAGCGCGACAAGCAGGUCUUGAUGCUUGAGCUAGUAAAACUUCGACAGCAGCAGCAGAACACUAGGGCCUAUCUCCAAGCCAUGGAGCAGAGGCUUCAAAGGACCGAGAUGAAGCAGAAACAGAUGAUGGCUUUCUUGGCCAGAGCGAUGCAAAACCCGGCAUUUCUGCAGCAACUGUUGCAGCAGGAGAGGAGGAAGGAGCUCGAAGAAGCAGUGACCAAGAAAAGGCAGCGGCCGAUCGAUCAAGGGCCGAGCUGUUCUCAGGCGGCAGAACCUAGACUAGGUCUCGAAGGGAAAAGUUCUGUUAAGGCCGAGCCACUCGAGUUCGGAGAUUAUGGGGUUGAGGUGUCGGAGCUCGAAGCGCUAGCAUUGGAGAUGCAAGGGCUAGGCAAGGCGAGGCAAGAGGUGGAGGAAGGACUAGACGACAUAGAGCCGCUGCCCGAUGGCGUGGAUAAAGAUCUCGAUGACGGAUUCUGGGAGGACUUGUUUAGUGAAGGAGGUGAAGAUGAAGAGGUUGAUCUCUUGGCUAACAGAUUGGGUUACUUGGGUUCUAGCCCUAAGAAAAGAAGCUGAAGUUUCGGUUCAUCAAUUCUCCUGUUCCUCUCUAAUUAAGUGCGGCCUACCUGCUGAUUCUUCAAGGUGGGACAAUUCCAUUGUUGUUCUGAUAGUGUCUCUUUUGUGCAGUUAGGUUUUUCAGGUAUCUGAACCAGAUGGAUUGGCGGAAACCGACAGAUCCUCAAGCAGUGUACCACUUCAGUAAUAGCUAGUUCCUCCUGGAGUUUUCUAACUCUGUAACUAAUUGCAUAAAUUGCUGUCACUCGCUUGCUAUUUUGAUUGCUUAGGUUUGAAAGAAAGAUGGUGGCCAGAUUCUUCAAGAUAUGACUCGAAUUUCCAUCAAAGGUUACUGUUUAAAAAUUGCCUCAAAACCCAUUGUUUCUGCAUUCUGUACUCGUUUCCUACUUUGAUUGCUUAGGUUUGAAAGAAAGAUGGUGGCCAGAUUCUUCAAGAUACGACUCGAAUUUGCAUCAAAAAGGUUACUGUUAAUAAAAAAAGAAUGCCUCAAAACCCAUUAUUUUCUGCAUUGUGUACUCGUUUGCUAUUUUGAUUGCUUAGGUUUGAAAGAAAGAUGGUGGCCAGAUUCCUCAAGAUACGACUCGAAUUUGCAUCAAUAAGAUCUUCAGAAGCAAUCACGGUUUAGCUGCAAGAUUGAAGAAACGGAAUUGCUCAGUUCAUUUCAAAGCACAACUGAUAAUUGAGGUUGAUGAUUUAAUUUCACACACUGCAUAGCUAAAAUCUUAUUUAUAAAGGCUGAUUUAGGACGAAUUAUUUGAUUAAGUCCUAUCAUUUACCUAUCUCUGAUGAAGCCUAUAUGUUGCAAAGUAUGGAUUCUGUGGUCGUGAAGAUGGAAGAUGAUAUCUGGUAGUGACAACUCCAUGGUCAUUUCAUGUGGCUUGUCAUGUUAAGAGGCAAAUCUAUGGAAUUGCAUGCUGCAUUUUUUUUUUCUGGCCUUCGACAUGAGGAUGGACAUUGUGACUUUAUUGAUAUGACAGUCCUUCGAACUUUUUCAAACUUAAAGAGAGGUUUGACCCUGUGCCCUAAUGUGAUGCUGAUGUGUAAAAGAAAACCAGAAAGAGCAAGAGAAAAGUCAUGUGCCUUUUGAGUUCGAGCUAAUGCACUUUUCCUUUUUUUCUUUUUU